UCCGAUUUGCCAUCUCUACGCUUAAAAGUAUUGUAUUUUAUGGUUAGCAUAUUGUUUUGUUUACAUUUCUAAAAAUGGGUGGAAAAAGUUAUUAUUGCGACUACUGUUGUUGUUUUAUGAAAAACGAUUUAAAUGUGCGCAAAUUGCACAAUGGCGGCAUUUCUCACACAAUUGCCAAGACCAACUAUAUGAGACGUUAUGAGGAUCCCAAAAAGAUUUUGGACGAAGAACGCAAGAAAACUCCUUGCAAGCGUUACUUUGGAGGCUACUGCAAAUUUGAAAUGUAUUGUAAAUAUUGUCACUAUAGUGCAAAGGAUUUUCAGGAGCUGGAAAAACUAGUUCUUGCCAAGAAGAAGGCCAAAUCCGGAAAGAGAAAGAAAUCCACAAAAUGGCCCUGGAAAAUGCAUACGCAAAGGGGACUGCCUCUAUCGUUACAACCCAUUCAGUUGGCCAGGCUCAAGCAAACCAAUUUUGAACUUAGCUGGGGCUAAUAAACACAUAUAUAUUUACACCAGCACAUUUAA